UUUUCUUUCCCUCCCUUUCUGUCUAUCCAAUCUCGCUCAGUUUCAUUUCCAUCGCCAUUCAGAAGAGAGACAUAGACUCCUCCGCAGUUCUGUGACUAAGAAAGAAAGCGUCAACUAAGGUCUAAUUUUCUCCCUGUGCCUGGAUCUUCCGACUUGUUUGGUUCUUGCAACUACGCCAGACGAUGUUCAACGCCGACUCUUCCCUAGCUGCAUUUCUGAACACAUUGACUCCGAAGUUCUAUGUGGCAUUAACAGGAACGUCCUCUCUCAUAUCAGGACUCAUAUUAAUAUUUGAGUGGUGGUAUUUUCGAAAGUACGGCACGUCCUUCAUUGAGCAGGUCUCUGUGAGCCACUUGCGGCCACUGCUUGGCGCAGUGGAUAAUAACCUGCCUGCGGUUAAUUUUACUGCCAGCAAUGGAGAGGCUGAAUCGAACAGGCAAAACGUCUCAGAAUGUAAGGUGUGGCGAAACCCGUUGAAUCUCUUCAGGGGAGCCGAGUACAGCAGGUACACAUGGGUCACAGGGAGAGAGCCCUUGACAUAUUAUGACAUGAAUCUGUCAGCACAGGAUCAUCAAACAUUUUUCACAUGUGACACAGAUCAUGUCAGACCCGCAGAUGCUGUGAUGCAGAAAGCCUGGCGGGAGAGAAAUGCGCAAGCAAGAAUGAAGGCAGCAUACCAAGCUUUAGAAUUAAACAAUGAGUGUGCAACGGCAUAUGUUCUCCUAGCUGAGGAGGAGACCACCACGAUCCUUGAAGCUGAGAAGCUAUUUAAACAGGCACUGAAAGCAGGUGAGGUGUGCUACAGAAGGAGCCAGCAGCUUCAGCACCACAGUCCACAGCAGGAAGCACAGCACAGGCGAGACACAAAUGUAUUAGUUUAUAUAAAACGAAGGCUUGCAAUGUGUGCGAGAAAACUGGGAAGAAUACGAGAAGCAGUAAAACUGAUGAGAGAUUUGAUGAAAGAGUUUCCACUCCUUAGUAUGCUGAAUAUACAUGAAAAUUUAUUAGAGGCUCUGUUGGAGUUACAAGCCUAUGCUGAUGUACAAGUGGUCUUGGCCAAAUUUGAUGAUAUCAGCUUGCCAAAAUCAGCAACAAUAUGCUACACAGCUGCACUGCUGAAAGCACGAGCUGUAUCAGACAAGUUCUCCCCAGAAGCAGCCUCUCGGCGAGGGCUCAGUACAGCAGAAAUGAAUGCUGUGGAAGCAAUACACAGGGCAGUAGAAUUCAAUCCACAUGUGCCAAAGUAUUUACUAGAAAUGAAAAGUUUAAUUUUACCACCAGAACACAUUCUGAAGCGGGGAGACAGUGAAGCAAUAGCAUAUGCUUUCUUUCAUCUUCAACACUGGAAGAGGGUAGAGGGGGCCCUUAACCUAUUGCACUGUACGUGGGAAGGCACUUUUCGAAUGAUCCCCUAUCCCUUGGAGAAAGGUCAUCUUUUCUAUCCAUACCCCAGCUGCACAGAAACAGCAGACCGAGAGUUACUGCCAUCUUUCCAUGAAGUUUCAGUUUAUCCGAAGAAGGAGCUCCCGUUCUUCAUCUUGUUCACAGCAGGACUGUGUUCAUUCACUGCGAUGUUGGCGCUCCUCACACAUCAGUUUCCAGAACUCAUGGGCGUUUUUGCUAAGGCUUUCUUCAGCACGCUGUUUGCACCCUUCAACUUUGUGAUGGAGAAGAUUGAGAGUGUCUUACCCUCUAGCUUCUGGCACCUGCUGACCCGAAUCUGACACAAAUGGUUCACAGAAAACAGACUCAACUCUCUUGCUUUCCCUGCCCACACACCCCUUUCCAGGAUCUGUCAGUGUAGAACAAAACACUGCCCAGGCUGUUGAAGUAAGGGAGGGAAAGGCUGAGGGGAACACCACUACUACAAGUCGGAGACACUGUCACUGCUGGCAAGUCUGGAUUCUUUAACCUUGUAACAAAGAACUGAGAGGAAUUUAUUUCAGUUUCUCUUUGCCAAAUGGAGAAACAGACCAAAAAAAGGGAAAAAAAAUAAAGUUAAAUUUUGUGCAUUGA